GUUGUUUCAUCUGGAGAGUCACUAUCUAUCUCCAUUCUCAAUCUCAUCUCAUCUUCUCUCGCGUCUAUCUCAGCCUCCUUCUUCAACUCUCCUCAACCAUGAUCAUAGCCCACAAUCGACUUUACAACAGCACCGAUAAUAUGGACCAACAAGAACCACCAGAGUUUAUCCUCGACGUAUUCGCCGAUCCGCGCUCGGUUCGUGAAGUAGUCAAAGGAAUACUGCAUACCAUAUUUUUUAAUCGAUUCUUCCCUUCUAUCGUCCCACAAACCCGCGAGGUCCUUGACACGACGCUUCCCUAUGUCGACGACGACGAGCUUGAGACUAUGAUAGAUCAGCGCGUCGCGGCUCUCGAGCGUCAGAUCGAUGUCCAGCGCUCAUCAGGCGGUGCUAAUAGCGCCAGCACCGGAAGUGGUAACGGUGGGCGCGGUCAGCUCGUUGUUCAGUUUUUCGAGAAACGUCGUCGCAAAGCCUGGCUGUCCCGUGGCGACGAAGAGGUUUGUUGGGAGUGUUGGACCAUCAAAGUGACUGUCGCCGAGCCAAGAACAGAGAGUGAACGUGCUAAAGUUCGACGAGCAAUGGAGCAGACCCUCUCAGCAACAGCGAUGAAGAUAGUCGCAUUCGUUAAUACACACAAAGAUCACAUACCGCCCAUCACAACUCAGGGUACUAACCCGUUCCCCUACAAGAUCAACAUUGACCAAAAGGAGGCGGCAGGUUGGGCAACACGGAUGCGUAUAUACUAGAAUGAUGAGUUCGGAAGAGUCUCACGCCCCAAGAUCAUUGCGGGCUUGCGGCGCUUAUAUUGCCUCGACCUUGCUGUACCUUUAUAGAAACAAUUUCCUCUGCGACACGGUCAAUGGUGGAUUUGUGGAAUAGGUUACAGAAGUCAAGGGCUGACCAGGCCUGGUGAAUGGUAUAGAAGAUCCAUUCAUCUGGGAUGUAUAGAUCAAAGGCGUUUAAGGAGUCAUGACUAAUAGCUAGUAUACAUAGGUCAUUCAUAAUUGAUACCCCUUUCCAACAACAUGACGGCUCGUAAGCUUGCCAGUGACACACAAGAGAAGUGCUUCCGCCACUCGUGCAUUAUCUGAAUG